CCUCCACGUCGAUCUUUGGCCGGAAGAUUAUUUUCGUACAUUGUAACGCCGUGACGUUAUCGUGUCUGUCGUGGAGGUAGAUCGGCCGCGAUCGUAUGAGAUCGAUAACCGAUCUUAAUAACGACUCGCGUACCCGACCGGCCUGCAGACAUAGUUCGCACGCCGGACCGGACAGAUUUAUAAAUUUUAAAAUCAUUACAAUUUAAUAUAGCUGUUCGCGGUUCGAGCUGUUUGAUCGACGUCUCGCCAUGGAUAACGCGGCGAAUAUCCACUACACGUCCCUAACGUCCAACUAUUCGUUCUCGUUGUUCAAGGAACUCAGCAGUUCCGUCGAAGGCAACGUUUUCGUGUCCACGUACAGCAUACAGUUUCUGUUGCUGCUCCUGGCCUUCGGAUCCAAGUCUAAGACCAACGACCAACUCAAGUCGGUCUUACAUCUGUCUAAAGACAAACCACCGAAUUUCGAAAACAUUAAAUCGGUCAUAGCAAAACUCGAGGUCCCCGGCCAUUUGACCGUCGCCAAUGGAAUUUUCUCGGACAAAGCAUUCAGUUUAAAUCCAGAGUACACAAAAAAUACUCAAAAGUACUUGAACUCCGAAGUGAGAAGUGUUGACUUCUCCGGUAAUCCUACGUCCGGGGAGUCGGAACUAAACAAAUGGGUCAGUACCAAAACAAAUGGAAAAAUUUCGGGAAUUUUCAAACCAGGCGAAAUUAAAAAGGAGACAGUUUUGGUUUUGGCGUCGGCCGUACACUUCCAAAACUUGUGGAAAAAACAAUUCGCUGAGACGAAGAACGCGAGCUUCUGCCUCACGGCUACGAACCACAUCGAUAUUAAAAUGAUGCACCAAACCGGUCACUUCAAAUACUACAAAGAUAAUCACCUCAAGUUCGCAGCCGUCGAAAUACCGUACAAAGUAGGAGGUUACGAGAUGUUGAUCAUAUUGCCGGACAAGAUGGAUGCUGUAAAGGACUUGGAAAACGUGUUCCUGAAGAAAUCCAAAAACUACGCGCACUUGCUGAGCAACAUGACCAUACACAAUGUCGAGUUGGACGUACCGAAGUUUAAGUUCGAAUCCGAAAUGGAUCUCAUAAAAACCAUGCAGAAAUUGGGUUUAACCGAAAUUUUCUUGCCGACUGCCGAUUUCUCCGAGCUCAGCUCGUCGGGUGCUGGCAAGCUGAAAGUCAGCAGCAUGAAACACAAGACUUACGUGGACGUCAACGAAAAAGGCACGGAAGCCGCGGCCGUUACUGGUGCCGGCAUCGAGAACUACAAUCUGGAAUACGUUCCAAAAGACAUCAAGAACGUCAAGUUCCACGCGUGUCAUCCGUUCUUGUUCAUCAUCAAGAAAGACAAAGACAUCCUUUUCAUGGGUAGACUGUCCAAUCCGACUGCGUAAAGCUCAAUACCAUCAUUGAUAUCACAAUGCAGUGAUACGUAUUUUAUAAUAAUGAGAGACUUGUAUAAUGCCUAGAGAUAAGAUGUCUACGAUUUUUUUUGCAUCGAUGAUAAUAUUAUAAUUGUAACGACGAUCGUAAUUUUUAUAAGAUAUAUAUAUUAUAUAUUUUUAAAGAGUCAAUAAAUAUACAGAACGAAAAAUUAUAGGAAAGCAAA